AUGGAAUCUCUUCGAGCCUUCGCUAAAGUAGGAUUCAAACUCAUAAAUAAUCAAAAUGAGAAAUUUAGUACUUUAAAUGGAAAUUCAUUCGCAAAUGUGGAUGAUAUCGAUUGUAUUGAUUUCGAUCUAUCAUCCUCAUUAGAAAUCGAUAUAAAUGAUGACGCCAAAUUAUUUCAUGCUCUCAAUAGAUUUAUAACAUUAAUUAACAAUAGAAACAAACAUUUGAACUCAAGAAUCCAGGAUAUAACCGAAGAUGAAUUUCAAAAAUCUGAUCCACAGAUCAUCUCUAACAAAAUUUUUGAAAAUACAAAUUUUGGUAAUACUUACAUCGCCCAAUUCAUACGUUAUAAUCUGAUAAAAUAUUUACGAAAUAUUCAACUAUAUUCUGAUAACGAGACUACAGGUGAAGAAUUAAGAGAUGUUCUGGGCCACUGGUGGUCGUACAUACUCGAUCUUCUUGCCAGUGAUAAAACCAAUAUCAGAACUAAAAAGCAACCAAAAAAUAUAAAUAAAAGAAAUAGCACUUUCUCAAUAAAGAGCGAAGAUUCAACAAUUUCUAAAGAGAACCUUAAUCGCAAUAUUUCCAAGUCUUAUAUAUCCAUAGAGUUAGUCUCUGUGUGCCUUGAAUCCAUUAGUAGAAUAAUGAGCCGUUUAUUAAUCUUAGAGGAUAAUAAUAAUAAGGAAAAUUUAACAAAAUUUUCGGAUAAUAUUUUAAGAACAAUUCAUGUCAUAACAGCACAAUUGGUGGAAAAUUCUCGACAGAUCAAAGAACUCUCAUACAAGACAGGGAAAGACCAUCACAUUCAAAUUGCAUUUUGUAAUAAUUACAACUCCCUUAUUAGAUCAUUUUUAGGGAAACUUUUAGCCUUCGCAUUUAUUUACAUACCUGAUGAUUUACAAUUUGACGUUCAACUUAUUGAGGCACUACAACCAAAUUUCAAAAUAGACAUAGCACACCAGUCCAAUAUAAUACCUUGGAAGAAACGAAAUUUUUUCGCAACUAAAUUAAAGAAAAAUGUGGAAAAACCACAAUCUAGUAUUCUUAAUCCAGAUAAAAAGAAAAUCUUUAGAAUUAUCAUAUCAUACAUUCGCCAUGAUAUGUGUUUUAUUUCUUUUUAUUGGCAUUAUUGGUAUAUUAUGUUUAAAAUAUUAUCUCAAAAUGACAAUAAUAAUAUAAUUCAUAAAGACACCAUUACAGGUAUGUGCCCAGGAUGUGACAUUUUUAUCGAACAUUCUAUUAAUCAUUUUAUUCGCAACGAUCUUUACAAAGCGAACAAAUUUCUCAAAAAUGUUCGUAAGCAAAAUAUAAACUCAAACAUUAAUGACAGUAUGCCAAAUUCAGAUAUUAUAACUGAUAAUGAAUCAUUGACUUCAAAUUCUAGAUCAAAUAAUGUCGAAAAUUUAGACACAUUUGUAGAGGAUACAUUCAAGACUUUAAAAAUAUGGAACUCUCUUAAGUUAAUAUAUAUAAAAUUUCCUACUGAAGUUGAAAAUUCAAACGUAUUACUUAGGGCCCACGAUGAAGCACAAUUAAAAUAUAUCAAGACAAUACCCGCUUAUGAUUUCCAAGUCGCAAAUAUUGUGUACAAUAAACUAUUGAAGAAGAUUACGGAUAUUUUCCCGGAUGUCACCUUUUUGACAUGGUCCAUAUGGAUAGAUGGGUAUAUGAACCUUUUAAGAACUUGUAACAUGAACAACCAAAUAAUUGCUAUUCUUUCACUUUUUAAUACCUGGGAGUCUAUCCCUGAGAAUGAACAAAUAAGAAUUACCAAAGAAAUAGUCGGAAAUGAUGAUAUUUGGGAGGAUUUAACGUUACAUACGGCUGAAAAUUUAGUGCAUGUUCUAUUCUCUAAACUUCUCAUAUUCAAGAUGUCAAAAAUUAAUGAUCCUGAAACAAAACAACUCAUCAUUAAUAAAUUGAGCUUUUUCCAUUUCCAAUUCAAUACAUUAACGAAAUACUUAGAUGAUGACGAAUCAAAGGACAACGUAGAAUACGAUUGCUCAUUAAAUUAUGGUGGAGACUCGGUACUAAUAUUUCAUAUAAAUAAAAAAUUCAUAUUAGGAAAGUUAAAAAGUUCCACUCAAAACACAACAAAGAAUGAAAGAUUAAUUUACGAUAAAAAGAAUUGGAUAUUAGGCCCAUUGGAUAUUAACUGUAGAAAAGAAUAUAAGGGUUUAUUGGAACCACCUGAAUUCACUAAGUUAAGAUUUAUUAUUUCAAAUAAUGAAUCUAGAAUGGGGUUUAGGAUUAUGAUUUUCCCUAAUGUCGGAAAAACAAUUGAAUACUGGAAUUCUAAAUGGUUAAACAAUUCGAAGGUUGACAUGCCUGUAGAAGAAAAAGCAUUACCAUUUAAACCAUUAGAACCAAUAAACACGUCAUUAUUUGGCGAAAUCGUUGAAGUUUCAGACGGAAUUGAAAUGAAGAGCAAUAUUUCUAGUCGCAAGACACAAUAUGAAAAAUUAUUCAAAUUUAUCAGAUUAUUCAAUCUCACAAUGGUGGAAUAUUAUGAUUUCCAAAAUUUUGAGAAUGAUGAGAAUAUAUACAUUGACUUCGAACUCUUCAAGUAG